GUUGAGUGAUCUACAGGGAAUUGUGUAUUUAUUGAAUUCUGUGGAUUCACGAAUAAACGUGUUGAAGUUACUCGAAGAAAAAUGGUUAAAAAUAAAAAGGGCAAGAAAGAGAUAGUUUCGGCCGGCAGUGCUGGUGGCAAUUCAUCGGGUGAUGAAGUUGAACAAACCCAAGUACAAGCCAUGGCUACAGACUCCGAUGCGGAAGUAGAAAAGGUCAAUGCCAAAAAUAAAAAGAAUAAACCUCCAAAGAAGCAAAACUCCAAGAAAAAACAACUAGAUUCCGAUGAUGAUGCGGGUGGUAACAGCGAUGGCGAUGAGGUUGAAACCAUUUCCAAGGGUGUCAAGAAACUGCAGGUAAAAAAUAAACCGACUGCCGCUAACAGUGAUGAUGAUGCCGACGAUGCAGAAGAACAAGCUGGCAAAAAGAACAAGAAAAACAAAAAGAAGUCUGCUGCUCCCAAAAAAUCUGCCUUUGAGCUAUUAAUGGCCGAUGAUGAUGACGACGACAAUGAACCACCACCAGCACCUCCCAGUGAACCCGAGGAGCCCGAAGAAGAGGAGGCUCCCAAAGCAAAUAAAAAUGCUGGUAAAAAAUCCAAAAAGGCCAAACGUAAAGGCAAAGGAGGCGAUGAUGACGAUGAAGAUUUGGAUAAAUUGUUGGCUGAUAUUCAAGCUGAAUAUGCCGGCAAUGCUGGUCCCAAAGAUGUUACUGCAAAUGUGGUAUCACCCGAAGACUUGAUUGAGGAAGAAUUUGGUGGUAAGGGUAAAAAGGGUAAGAAUAAGAAGCAACAAAAACAAGCCAGCAAUGAGGCUGAUGAAGCGGAACCAGAACCCGAAGGUGCUGGAGAAGAUGAGGCCGAAGGUGGCACCGUAAAGACUGCUGCUCAAAAGAAGAAGGAAAAGAAAGAAAGGCAAAAGAGAGAGGCUGCCUUAGCUAAACAAAAGGCUGCCCAGGAACCCAAGCAAAAACCCGCUGCUUCUCAACCCAAGGAAACACCCAUGGAAGUAGAAGCUCCACAAGCAGAAGAAGUAGCUGCUCCUGAGCCAGAGAAGAAAGAAGGAAGCAAUGAACCCGAAACAGAGGCUGCUGCCGCUGAAGGUGAAACCGACAAGGCUGGCAAAAAAGGUAAAAAGGGUAAGAAAGACAAAAAGGCUGCAGCUGCCGAAGAAGAAGAAACGAACAAAAAAGAUGGCAAAAAGAAAGGUGUAUCCGCCGCCAUGGUUGCAGCUAUGCAGGAACGUUUAAAGAAAAUCAAAGAAGAAGAGGAGCGCCAACGUCAGCUGGAGGAGGAGCGUCAACGUCAGGAAGAAGAACGUGAGCGUGCCCGUUUGGAAGCUAUACGCCUGGAGGCCGAGCGAAAGGAACGUAAAAAACAAAAGGAACAAGAGCGAAAGGCACGUCUCAAGGCCGAGGGUAAACUUCUGACCAAGAAACAAAAAGAAGAUCGUGCUCGUGCCCAGGCCAUGUUGGAAGCCUUAAAGGCUCAAGGUUUAGAGAUUCCCGAUCCCAAUGAAAAGAGGCCAACCAGACCAGGUACACGCAUACGUCCCAAGAAGAAGGGUCCAAAUGCUAACAAUCAACAACAAAACGAUACUAAGACUGAGGAAUCUACAACGACCCCCGUUGUACAGGAACCCGUUGAAAAGAAAGAAGUUGUCAAAGACUCAUGGGAUGCUUCCGAUUCGGAAGAGGAACAAAACGAUGACACCACAUCACAGGCCACCACGACCAACAAUGAUGACAAGAAUUCAAAUGAAAAUGCCCAAGAAGCCGAAGAGGGUGAUUCCGAUGAAGACGACGAUGAUGAGGAUGGUUCUGAUGAUGACUCUGAUUCAGAUUCCGAAUCUGAUUCGGAAGAUGAUGGCAAAGAGGAAGCAAUCAAUGUCAAUGAUCCCGAAGAACGUCGUCUACGCGCCGAACGUCGUAUUCUCAAACGUCAAGAUGAUGCUGAAAAGAAACGCACAGUUGAUAAUUUACGUGCAGCCGUCGUUUGUGUCCUCGGUCACGUAGAUACGGGUAAAACAAAAAUAUUGGAUAAACUUCGUCGUACCAAUGUCCAGGAUGCCGAAGCCGGUGGUAUUACCCAACAAAUUGGUGCUACAAAUGUUCCCAUUGAUGCCAUCAAAGAACAAUCGAAAGUUGUUCGCAAUUCCUCCGAUUUUGACUUUAAACUUCCCGGCCUCUUGAUUAUCGAUACACCCGGUCACGAAUCGUUUAGUAAUCUACGUAAUCGUGGCUCAUCGCUCUGUGAUAUUGCCAUUCUGGUCGUAGACAUUAUGCACGGUCUCGAACCACAAACCAUUGAAUCCAUUAAUUUACUUAAGAAGAAGAAGUGUCCGUUCAUUGUAGCUUUAAAUAAAAUCGAUCGUUUGUACGAUUGGAAGCUGAUGGCACGUCGUGAUAUUCGCGAUGUCCUGAAGGAACAAGAGGCCAAUACCCAAGUCGAAUUCCAACAGCGCACCAAGGAAGUUAUAUUGCAAUUUGCCGAACAGGGUUUGAAUGCCGCUCUGUUCUAUGAGAAUCCAGAUCCAAAAACCUAUAUUUCGCUGGUACCCACAAGUGCCAUUACUGGUGAGGGUAUGGGUAAUCUGUUGUUCCUCAUUGUGGAAUUCUGUCAGAAAAUGCUGGCCAAACGACUGAUGUAUUCGGAUGAGUUGCAGGCCACGGUAUUGGAAGUUAAGGCCAUUCCCGGUCUGGGCACAACCAUCGAUGCCAUUUUGAUAAAUGGUAAAUUGCGUGAGGGUCAAACAAUGAUAUUGGCUGGUACCGAUGGACCCAUUGUUACCCAAAUUCGCUCCUUGCUAAUGCCACAGCCCAUGAAGGAGUUGCGUGUUAAGAACGCCUAUGUCGAGCACAAAGAAGUGGUGGCAGCACAGGGUGUUAAAAUUGCCGCCAAAGAUUUGGAAAAGGCAAUUGCUGGUAUAAAUCUGUUGAUUGCCCACAAACCGGAUGAGGUGGAAAUAUGCAAGGAAGAAGUGGCCCGUGAACUGAAGAGUGCUUUGAGUCACAUUAAGCUGGCUGCCACUGGUGUAUAUGUACAAGCAUCAACAUUGGGUUCAUUGGAAGCUCUUUUGGAAUUUUUGCGCACAUCUAAAAUACCGUAUUCCGCCAUUCGUAUUGGUCCCGUCGUAAAACGUGAUGUAAUGAAGGCUUCAACAAUGUUGGAACAUGAGCCACAAUACGCCACAAUUUUAGCAUUCGAUGUCAAGGUGGAAAAGGAAGCACAAGAAAUGGCCGAUACGUUGGGUGUGAAAAUAUUCCAGGCCGAUAUUAUUUAUCAUCUGUUCGAUAAGUUUAUGGCCUAUCGCGAUGAACUGAAACAAAAGAAACGCGAAGAAUUUAAAUCAAUUGCCGUCUUCCCCUGCAAACUUAAGAUACUGCCACAGUUCAUCUUUAACAGUCGUGACCCCAUUGUCAUGGGUGUAAUGGUCGAAAAUGGUAUUGUGAAAGUUGGUACACCCAUUUGUGUGCCGAGCAAGGAGUUUGUCGAUAUUGGCAUUGUCACCUCAAUCGAAUCGAAUCACAAACAAUUGGAAACGGCUCGUAAAGGUCAAGAGAUUUGCAUUAAAAUUGAACCCAUACCCGGCGAAUCACCAAAAAUGUUUGGCCGCCAUUUCGAUGCUGAUGAUAUGUUGGUUAGCAAGAUUUCCCGUCAAAGUAUCGAUGCUUGCAAGGAUUACUUCCGUGAUGAUUUAAUUAAGGCUGAUUGGGCUCUAAUGGUUGAACUGAAGAAACUUUUCCAAAUUUUAUAAAUUGUUUAUAAAUUUUUAAUUUUUUUGCAAUAUAUUUAUUUCCUGCUGAUG